AUGGCCGGCCGUACGCCGUUCACCAACUUGGACCCGGCGACGGCGGCCGACCUGCGGCACCUGGGCUUCGACCCCCACGAGCUGGACCGCGCCACGGAGCAGCUGCUCACCUACAUCUGCACCGAGCUCCUCCCCAUCGCCCCGCCCGUCUCCGACGGCGUCGACCGCAUCGGCGUCCUCCCCGACGCCCUCCUCCGCAGAAUCGUCUCCCGCCUCCCCAUCGCGGACGCCGCGCGCACCGCCGUCCUCGCCUCCCGCUGGCGCCGGCUCUGGCUGUCGACCGAGCCCGUCCUCAUCGACGCAUUCCUCCGGCCCGACGACCACGCCAACUCGCCGGCCAUCGCCGCCGCCGUCUCCGGCAUCCUCGAAGCGCACCCCGGGCCCUUCCGCCGCGUGCACCUCACCCGCUGCCGCAUGGGCGCGCACCAGGCCCAGCUCGCGCGCUGGCUCCAGCUCCUCGCCGCCAAGGGCGUCCGCGAGCUCGUCCUCGUCAACCGCCCGUGGCCGUGCGAUGUGCCCCUCCCUGACACGCUCUUCACCAUCAGCUCCCUCGUCCGCCUCUACAUCGGCCUCUGGAAGCUCCCGGACACGGCCGGCCUGCGUGGCGCCUCCUUCCCCAACCUCCGCGAGCUCGGCAUCUGCACCGUCGUGAUGGAGCAGGGGGACGUCGAAACCAUCGUAGCCAGCAGCCCCGUCCUGGAGGUCCUGAGCAUCCAGGGAAGCCACAAGGGGCUGCGCCUCCGCCUCGUCAGCCAGAGCCUUCGGUGCGUGCAAAUCUGCAGCUCUGUUGUGGAAAAUGUCACGGUGGUGAAGGCUCCAUGCCUCGAGCGGCUCAUCCUGCAGGGAGGUCGGCAUGCUGCUAGUGGCAUGUGUACCAUGGUCAGCAUUCUUGAUGCCCCCAAGCUACAUUUCUUUGGAUUCUUGGGGCCAGGCAAUCAUGUCCUGGGGAUCGGAGGCACCGUCAUAAUGGCUGGGAUAAAGGAGAGUGCGGCCACCAUUGUCGCAAGCGUUAAGAUCCUGAGCUUAAAUGUGCGUUUUGGACUCCCCAAUGAGGCAAGGAUGGUGCCCAUGUUCCUUAAAUGCUUUCCCAAUGUCGUGCGACUACAUAUCAUGUCCAGAAAAUGUAAUGGGUCUACUGGUAAGCCCAGCCUCAAUUUCCAGGAGGGUCCCACUGAAAGUGCUAUGUUGCACAUCAAAGAGAUGUAUUUUCGUGAGUUCCGAGGGGAGCAAGGCGAGGUUGCCUUCCUCAAGUCGAUCUUCCCAAAGGUGCUGGAGACCGCGGUGAUUAUAAUGGCAAAUCCAAGCUUCACGCCAUUUUCAGUAGCCGUGGCGUUCUCCAAACUGAAGGAGGCUUCUGAGGUCAUAAGGUGCUGCCAAGUGCUGCUUCUUAAGAGUACAGGGCCCGAAGGAGGCAAAGCAUGGAGCUUUAAAGAAGGAAGUGAUUUUUCAUGCGAGGACCCUUUCUCAACAGUGGAGAGCAGCUUGUUCACUCCGGAGCAGUCGAAGUUUAUUGGAUUUGAUGAAGUAGGAAACAGGCAUGACGCCUGCUGCACAAUGCCUGUGAGGAGUGGAAGAUCUUUGGAUGUGCUGAACUAUGAACUGGGCAUGGUAUCUGCUUCUUUUGGUAGCCGCCCCUGACUUUGGUGGCCUUACAUCGCAAACUUUGCGUCGAUUUGUGGCCUGAUUGAUACUGGAAUUGGUAUUUUGCUUGCUGUCUAAUCUGUGCCAUCAGUUUCCCUAAGUUCCCUCCUUCAAAUGUGUGUUCCACCUGGCAGCAUGUUCCAGGACAUGCAGAUUUGCAUCUUCUCACCCCGGUUGAGUUGACAAUCAGUUCAAAGAUAUAUGCAUGUAUGAUCAUAGAGUGCUCCGAUGAAUCACAAGUAGAAUUAGAGCCUUGCCAUUCCUUUCAGGCCUUCCACAUAUCUGAAAGGGCUUUUGCUGCUUUGCAUGUUACUGUGAAUCAC